AUGUCAAGGGAGAUCACGUCUGGGAAGAGACCCUUGAGUCCCAGAGUCCAGCCUAAGAGGUUCUACGAUAACGGACGACUCUCCCACUACACGAUUGAAGAGAAGCUCGGACAGGGAACGUUUGGUAUUGUGUAUAAAGGAAGGCAAAAGAAGUCCAGGAAGAUUGUUGCGAUAAAGAGGAUUCUCCUCAGGGACCCAGAGGAUAUGUACCCAGUCACGGCGUUCAGAGAGAUGAAUACCGUGAAGAGACUAAGACAUGAAAACAUUGUUGAGUUGUUAGAGAUGGUGUUCGAUUCACCAGCACCAGAAGAACCCCUGGUGGAAAUCGUCAGUAAGCUGGGGAAGUCGUUCUACAUGGUGUUGCCAUACAUGAGUUUCGACCUCACAGGUAUACUGCAGAACCCAGCGAUUCAGCUUUCGGAGGCUGAUAACAAGAGCGUGAUGCUACAGCUGUUCAGAGGCAUGGAUUUCAUCCACAGAGCUGGAUACCUCCACAGGGAUAUUAAAGCUUCGAACAUCCUGAUCAAUUGCCAUGGACUAUUGAAGAUUGCGGACUUUGGUCUUGCCAGGGAAUACGUUGGCAAGAGGCCCACAAUGAACUCACCUGGUGGUGGACACCCAAUGACAGAGGUUGUCAUGACAAGAUGGUACCGUGCGCCAGAGGUGCUUUUGGGAAACAAAGCGUAUACGACAGCGAUUGAUAUGUGGGCAUGCGGUUGUGUUCUCGGUGAGUUGUACGAGAAGAAGCCAAUACUACCGGGGAAGUCAGACAUCGACCAGGCCUAUGACAUAUUCACCUUAAUUGGUGAGCCUAACGAUGUCUCCAUGCCUGGCUACAAGACGUUCAAGAUGACCCCCAAGUUGGUUAUCCAGAAGAGAAGACCCACAAUCAGUGAGAGAUUUAGCAAAUUGCGCAUGCCUGCUGAUGCAAUAAGACUACUCACCAAUUUGCUAACUUUGAACGCUGAAACAAGGUACACAGCACAGAAGUGUCUUAGUAAUGAAUGGUUCACCACGGAGCCUCUGCCA